AUGUCUCACAGAAAGUUUGAGCACCCAAGGCACGGGUCCCUUGGUUUCUUACCGAGGAAGAGAGCUAACCGUCACAGAGGAAAAGUGAAGGCGUUCCCAAAGGAUGACCAAACCAAGCCAUGCAAGUUCACAGCCUUCAUGGGUUACAAGGCUGGUAUGACCCACAUCGUUAGAGAAGUCGAGAAGCCCGGAUCCAAGCUUCACAAGAAGGAGACCUGUGAGGCAGUCACCAUCAUCGAGACACCAGCGAUGGUCGUCGUUGGAGUUGUCGCCUACGUCAAAACUCCCCGUGGUUUGAGAUCCUUGAACACAGUCUGGGCUCAGCACUUGAGCGAGGAGGUCAGGAGAAGGUUCUACAAGAACUUUGCCAAGUCCAAGAAGAAGGCCUUCACCGGUUACGCAAAGCAGUACGAGAGCGAAGACGGCAAGAAGAGCAUCCUGUCUCAGCUCGAGAAGAUGAAGAAGUACGGAACAGUCAUCCGAGUCUUGGCCCACACUCAGAUCAGGAAGAUGAAAGGACUGAAGCAGAAGAAGGCUCACUUGAUGGAAGUCCAGAUCAACGGUGGCACCAUUGCACAGAAGGUCGACUUCGCCUACAGCUUCUUCGAGAAGCAGAUCCCUAUCGACGCCGUUUUCCAGAAAGAUGAGAUGAUUGACGUGAUUGGUGUGACCAAGGGUAAGGGAUACGAAGGCGUUGUGACACGUUGGGGUGUGACUAGGCUUCCACGUAAGACUCACAGAGGUCUUCGUAAGGUUGCUUGCAUCGGCGCGUGGCAUCCGGCUAGAGUCUCGUACACUGUUGCCAGAGCUGGUCAGAACGGUUACCAUCACCGUACUGAAUUGAACAAGAAGAUUUACAAGUUGGGCAAGGUUGGUCAGGAGACUCACUCCGCCAUGACUGAAUACGACAGGACUGAGAAGGAUAUAACACCGAUGGGAGGGUUCCCACAUUACGGUAUUGUGAAGGAUGACUACUUGAUGAUCAAGGGAGGCUGCAUGGGACCUAAGAAGAGAGUUGUGACUCUGAGACAGUCGCUGCUCAUGCAGACUUCUCGUCUUGCCUUGGAAGAGAUCAAACUCAAAUUUAUCAGCACUUGCUCAACCGGUGGACAUGGUCAGUUCCAGACCCCUGCGGAGAAGGCAAAGUUUUACGGCAAAACUCUCAAGACUUAA